AUGGCCAGUGAUCAGUACCUGUCCAUAGUGGAGGCUGACCUCAAAGAGUUUGUAGCUUCCAUCGACGACGACGAGUUCAAGCUGUCCAACCCAGAGUUUCGCCAGUUCUACCGUGGACUGUUCCAAGUCGGUCUGGAGAACCCGACUGCUCGGGCGAGGUCGCGCCCGGGCAAACAAGUGGCUCAUGUUUGGAAGCUCGUUCUGAGGGCCUUUGCGCCAAAGGUUGUCGAUCUGUUGGCAGAGUACGUGGAGAGCGUCCAUGUCUCGGGCUUGGUCGCUGAAGAGUCGUAUGCUCUGGUGCCUGACUUUCUCGCUUCGGUUCACGCCGAUCUCUCCAACUUUGCUCCCGCUCACUGCUGGCCCAUUCUCUUUGAUGACUUUGUGGCCUGGGCCCGUGGCGCCGGCCGCGUGCCUCCGCACAGUGAUCUCCCCGCGACAACUGCCCGCGCCGAGUCGGACGCCGAGUCGACCGACGGCAGAGACUCGCCGGUCCUGCCAUCACCAGUCUGGACGCACAACGCCGCGUUUGGCAAGGCCAAGGUGUCGGAUGAAGAGGCCAGUGAUGGCUGGGACGACGAUCCGGCGUCGGCCCAGGGCCUGCUCGACUCGGCGAUCCCGGGCUCGACCGGCAUGCGGUACCGCGGGAACGUGGCCAUGUCAAACGCGGUGCGAAGCGCCGGUGUCGGCUCGGCGUACUCGGCGCGGACAAGCUACAGCUACGGCAACGAGGACGCCAUGGUCGGCCUGCACAACCAGGGCGCAACAUGCUACCUCAACUCGCUCAUCCAGUCGCUGUACAUGACGCCCGAGUUUCGACUCGCCAUCUACUCGUGGAAGUACGACGAGGAGAAGGACGGCCCGCCGGCCGAGUGCAUCCCGCUCCAGCUGCAGCUCCUCUUCCGCGAGCUGCAGUCCAAAGACGCGCGUGCCGCGUCGACGACCCAGCUCACAUCCUCCUUUGGCUGGACAGGCAUGGACGCGUUCACCCAGCACGAUGUACAGGAGCUCUGCCGGGUUCUCUUUGAUGCACUCGAGCACGUGCUCAAGGGCACGCCGCAGAAAGACGUCGUCAACGAGCUGUAUCAGGGAAAGAUGAAAGACUACGUCAAGUGCAAGGCGUGCGGCCACGAGUCAUCACGCGUCGACGACUUUCUCGAUGUCUCGCUCGAGGUCUCGGACGAGGUCGACUCGGUCGAGGAAGCCUUUGCCAAGUUCAUCCUCCCCGAACUGCUCUCGGGCGACAACCAGUACUCGUGCUCGGGCUGCAACCAGAAAGUCGACGCCCUCAAGGGCCUCUCGUUCCUCGAGAUGCCGUACCUACUCACCAUCCAGCUCAAACGGUUCACCUACGACUACUCCACCAUGCGCCGCAUCAAGCUCAACUCGUUUGUCUCGUUUCCCAUGUACCUCGACCUCGAGCCGUACAUGAGCGUCCUCGACGCUGCUGUCGACGAAUCACUUGUCCGCACCUUUAAGGACAAGCCCAAGCGCCGCGCUGCCGCCUAUCGCUCGCCGUACGCCUACUCUUCGCCCGAGUCGCGCCUCCGCACCAUCAACACCUCGAUCGCAAACUACAAGCGCAUGCUCACCAUGUACUCACAGUCGUCGCUCAAGCUCACUUACGAGAAGCUCAUUCGCGACAAGGAGGCCGACAAGGCGCGUCUCGAGGCCGAGAUUGCCGCCGCUGCCGCCGAGGAGGACGCAGACGGAAGCUCAGAGGCAUCCGCUGAUGGUGCCGACGGCCACGACAGCGACGCGAUAGCCAGCUCGGCAACCCCGCGCUCGGCCCGCAUCGUUCACAACAUCGACGACUCGGGUAUCUACCGCGGGCCUACCGAGGCUGAGCGCGAGGGCAAGGAGCUGAUGUACGAGCUCUUUGCCAUUCUCAUCCACUCGGGCGGCUCGACCGGUGGCCACUACUACGCCUACAUCAAGUCGCUCGACUCGGCCAAGUGGUACGACUUUAACGACUCGACCGUGUCUGAAGUCUCCGAGCGCGAGAUUGUCUCGUCGUACGGCUCCAAGUCAGAGCCGCAGUCGGCGUACGGCUACUCGUCGCUCUGGUCUUCCGGAACCAACGCGUACAUGCUCAUGUACCGCCGCAUCGACCCGGACCGCAAUGUGCCGUUUGUCGAUGGCGUGCCCGAGCACGUCGAGCAGGCCAUGCAGAUGUUCAAGGAUCGCCAGGCUUCUGACGCAGCCACGCGCCUUGCCUCUUACUCGCUCUCCUCCGCCUCGCGCCUCGGCUAUCGCCCUAUUGCUGACGCUAGCGACGACGACACCUCCGGUCCACCACCCUACAACCUUGUCGUCCACUACUUUGAGGGCUACUCCGCCCUCGAGAUUCGUCGCACCUUUGCCGGCACCGACCUUGUCGACGACGUCAAGAUGGAGCUGUGGAAGGCACUCAAGGCCAAAGUUGAGCCCGAGCCCGAGCCCGAGCCCGAGCCCGAGCUAGAGCCCAAGCCCGAGUCCGAGCCCGAGUCCGAGCCCGAGCCCGAGUCCGAGCCCGAGCCCGAGUCCGAGCCCGAGCCCGAGCCCAAGCCCGAGUCCAAGCCCGAGCUCAAGCCCGAGCCCGAGUCCGAGCCCAAGUCGAAACCGUCCUCCCUCAACCUCUCCACCAUCACCCCACACAUCUCCCCAGCCAAGAUUCGGCUCCGUGGCUACUCGACCUACUACCACUCGCUCGAAGCAGUCUUUGCCUCGUACCCUGGCGCCACGCUCGCCUCGACUUCGAUCACCUCGGGUGACACCUCGAUUGUACUCGAACUCGCCGAGCCGGUCGAAAUCGAGGUGCCGGACAAGCCGCUGCUGUUGCCGACUGGUGUCGCAGCUGUUACUCCCGCGUCGGGCGACGCGAUUGACUCGAUUGACCUCCUCAUCGCCAACAUCGACCGCGACUUGGUCGGCGAAGAAAGCAGCUCGCCGCCAACGCCGCCGCCCAAGCCGGCCUCGCCCGACAAGGUCCUCCCGCCGCCGCUGCCCAAGACUCGCAUCGAGUACCAGUUCCGACCCGAAAAGCACGCCCUCGUCCGGCUCAUCAAGUACGACGCCGACGCCGACUCGUUUGGAGAUCCGUUCCACAUUUACCUGCCGCAGGCAUCGGCUACUGUCGCCGACCUGCGCGCCCGCGUCGCCGACAUCUUUGGCAUCGCCCCUGUCCAUCAACUCCUUGUCACCAACGACUGCUACGUUGAGGAAAUCACAGGCGACAAGGAGGUUCUCUUCUCCGUCAUCAACGCCAUCCUUGACACUUUUGGCAAUGACACCGUUUACAUCGAAGACCUCACUCCCGCCGAGCCGUCGCCGCCCGCCACUCCAGUCGCUGACGCUACCACCUCGGUCGCCGCAGCGUCCGCAGCAACACCCGCCCAUGCGCAGGCCUUCCCCGAUCCGCCCACCGACCACACCACUGACAUCCCUUCGUCUCCCUCGCCGUCGCCGUCGCCAUCGCCGUCGCCGUCACCUUCUCCGCCGCCGGCCCCGGUCGAGCCUGAUGACUCUGACAUUAUUGUCGACGACGACUCGACCUUUGUGCCUGUCGUUUCCGCGCCGCGGCUAGCGUCAGCGUCGGCCAUCCCACAUGCCGCCGUCCUUGACUUUGACUCAGUCCUCGACGACUCGCCGUUUGGCCCAUCGGUCGUCAUCCCGCCGCCGCCAUCGUCCGAAGACGCCUUUGACAUCUUCAACAACCAGCCGCCGCCGCCGCCGGGAAAGCCGCCGCUCUCCUCCCGCUCCGCCAUGGUCCGCAAGCUCGAGGGCGAGUCGCGAUCCUACGCCACAGGCUCUACAGCCUCGUACGUCUACUCGGCCCCGCGCUCCACCUUUUCCUACGCCUCGUACACCUCGUCCUACACCCGCCGCGAGUCGUCGCUCAAGAUCCGCAAGGCCUGAUCGAGGCGCCUGUUGUGGCAGCAAACGCCACUCCCCUCAGCCAUGCCACUCUCGCAUGUCUGCACCUGCACCCACCUCCACCCGCCGCCCACCACCACCAUCGCCCUUGCUCUUGCCCUCCCUCCCUCCCCUACACACUCUGCAGAAAUGGCC